CUGACACAUCAGAGAGGCUCAGUGGAAUGAAGAGGGCAGAGAGGCUCCUCAGAAGACCCUGAAUCUGGGGAGCCAUGAAGCUUCUUCAGCAUAGCCAGAGUUUCUCCUCCAUCCUCCUACUUCUCGGAUUCUCUCAGGCUCUUCUCGCUGAAAAACACCAGGUUCUUCUCACUGUAAACUCUAACAUUUCAAUCAGUGGAACAGUUGGUCAGUUUGUUCGCCUGCCCUUUCCCUUCAGAUUCUGUACAUCAGUUCCUAAUCCUCUGACUAUUAAAUGGACUCGCUCUGGGAAUGAAGCACUUGGCUCCUUCACAGGCCAUAACUGCUCUGUCAGAACUGACUGGGGGAAUCACACCCACUGUGCAGAGUCGUCGUUUAAUCGUGGUCCGCACCAUCAAGGCCGAGUGGAACUAGAUAUUGAAAUGCUUUCUCUGAUCCUCCGGGACCUGAGACUCAACGACAGUGGAGACUAUGUCAUCACAGUCAAUGGACUGAAUAAGCCUGGAGCCAUCACACUGUCAGUGACCCUCCUUCCUCUCCCCAAGGGAAGUGCUACAACAUCGGAGCCCACCUCCCCAACUGCCACUGCAGGCAGUAACGAAGAAAAACAUACUCCGCUCUUGAUCAUCUUUUUUGGAGUCUGUUCAGUUUUACUUGUUUUAUUUUUGCUGCUGCUGUUCUGCAACAUAAGGCGCCGAGGUGUAGUUCAGUCAAAGAAAAUCAUCAGGCAAGCAGAGGUUCCCUCUGCUGAUGAACACACUCCAGAUCUCCUUCCAUUUGGGCACCAGACAAUGGCCCAGAGUCAAAACGUCUUGGAGCUGCAGUCUAUGUAUGCAACCUUGAAUUUCCCAGCUAGAGCGAAUAGCUGAGUCAAUGCAGCUAAUCUCAGGACAGAGCCGAGCUGCCAGGCCACCAACCCCACAAGCUGAGAAUCCAGCCUGGGGGGCAGAUAUUCACCUCUUUCCAUAUCGUCAAAUUCACCCCGGUGGUUCAAGGGAGGAGCCACCAUUUCCAAAAGUAGGGGAUACACAUGCUCCAGAGAGAUUGAAAGGGUUGAACUUUGUACUUUGGGAAAAGACUACAUCUCACUAGCCCGGGCCACUGGUUGCUUCAAUUUCACCUUGUUUGGCAGAACCCCAUGGACUCACACAUGCCUCCAUGGAGAGGCCCUGAAUGGCUUCUAGAUUGGUAAUGUGAAACCCUGAAACCCUUGAGUAAGUACAAACCAUUAGUCCAGCCUGAACACCAAUCCUGUUUCCUGCAAGAAGCUGGAGGUGACUCCAAACCAGGUUGGAUUUCUCCAAACAACUCCAGCCCACAGAGGAGCCUAUAGUAAGGCAGAACUGGACUUUCUUCAACAAGGGCAGGGAAAGAAACCAGGAGAGUCACCUCAGUAAGUUCACCUCAUUGAUAUCUCUCCUAACUCAUCUCUGUACAGUGGCCAGAGGCCUGUCAAAACUACCGGAACUAAGCCCAUGUCACCCGGUUCACUGACUAUUCAUUACCUCUUCCCUGUGAGCUCUGUCUAGUGAGUGUUUGAAUGACCUGCUUUGCUAAGUCUCCAUUUAACAUAUAAAGCAGUGAGUUCAAGCAGAAGAUAACCUGCUUUUGCUGAACAUUACCUAAAUGGUUGUCUGAGGUUUAUGGAGAUUUGCCCCACCAUCACCCCUCCAAGAACCAUUCACAUUUUCAACUUAGUGUAAAGUUAUUCCUAAACAACAAACUGGCAUUUGGAGGGCAAAUAACUCUCAGAUACAGGCAGGAUCAAAGGAUGGGUCACAGAGAAGUUGCUUUUAGUGUAGAAGGGGAAGUGUGUAACAUAUCUGCAGCUGACAGCCUCUAACUUUUGAUGUGAAAUAUUCAGCACCCAUACAUAGAACCCCAGGUUUAUUAAUAGUUGUUCCGGGUAUUGUUUAAAACGAUUCUAAAAUCUGCCUCAGAUUUUAUUUUAACCUCCUCUUCAAGCUAUUGAAUUUAAAACUUCUGCUAAGUGUUUUGGACAGGAAAGAGCUUUGUGAAAACUAUUUAAGGAAGUCAAUGUGCAGGUUUUCUGUAUGAAUUUGGUUUUAUAUUCUAAUAAAGUAUGGAAAGUUCUUUUUGAAAAAUGA